ACAUAAAUGAUAAAUGAACCCCAACGCAACCCUGAAAAGAAAACCUAGCGGCUCCUCACCAAAAACCCUAAACUCAAACUACGAACGAACACUAGCCUUCCCUCUUGAGUUGUAAAAUGGCAUUGUAUCUUCUAUACGAGUCUGCCUCUGGUUACGGUCUGUUUUUGGCCCAUGGUAUCGAUGAAAUUGGGCAGAACACAGAGGCUGUUCGCAACUCAGUAACUGAUCUCAACCGCUUCGGAAAAGUUGUAAAGCUUGCUGCUUUUAACCCUUUUCAAUCCGCUCUUGAUGCCCUCAAUCAACAAAAUGCUGUCUCAGAAGGGCAAAUGACCGAUGAAUUGAGGAACUUUUUGGAACUUAGUCUUCCAAAGGUCAAGGAAGGUAAAAAGCCUAAAUUUAGUUUAGGAGUAGCGGAAUCCAAAAUCGGGUCUCACAUAUUUGAAGAAACCAAGAUUCCGUGCCAGAGCAAUGAGUUUGUUCUUGAGCUCAUUCGUGGUGUUCGGUUGCAUUUUGAUCGGUUUAUUGAGAAUCUAAAGCCUGGUGAUUUGGAGAAAGCUCAACUUGGGUUAGGCCACAGUUACAGCAGGGCAAAGGUUAAAUUCAACGUUAACCGUGUUGACAACAUGGUCAUUCAAGCAAUCUUUCUUCUCGAUACUCUCGAUAAAGAUGUGAACUCAUUUUCCAUGAGAGUCAGGGAAUGGUACUCGUGGCAUUUCCCGGAGCUAGUGAAGAUUGUCAAUGACAAUUAUCUUUAUGCUAAACUUGCAAAAUAUAUUGAGGACAAAUCAGAGUUAUCUGAAGACAAGUUAGAAGGUCUAGUUGAUAUACUUGGGGAUGAAGAUAAAGCGAAAGAAGUUAUAGAAGCUGCAAAAGCAUCCAUGGGUCAAGACUUGUCACCGAUUGACUUGAUUAACGUUAAGAUGUUUGCGCAACGAGUGAUGGAUCUUGCUGAGUACAGGAAAAAACUUUAUGAUUAUCUUGUUUCUAAAAUGAGCGACAUAGCACCAAACUUAGCUGCAUUGAUUGGUGAAGUUGUCGGUGCUCGUUUAAUAUCUCAUGCUGGUAGUCUUACAAAUCUUGCCAAGUGUCCGUCUUCUACCCUUCAAAUCCUUGGUGCCGAGAAGGCCCUUUUCAGGGCUUUGAAAACCAAAGGGAACACACCAAAGUACGGUCUUAUUUUUCAUUCAUCUUUUAUUGGGCGCGCAUCUGCAAAAAAUAAAGGUCGGAUGGCUCGUUAUCUUGCUAACAAGUGUUCAAUCGCUUCAAGAAUUGAUUGUUUCUCAGAGAGCAGUGGCACUAGUUUUGGAGACAAGCUUCGUGAGCAAGUGGAAGAACGACUUGACUUUUAUGACAAAGGGGUUGCACCACGUAAAAACAUUGAUGUUAUGAAAGCUGCGAUGGAGAAUGCUGCAAGUCAAGGUGGAGAAAUGGAUGUGGAUAAAGCUUCUGAGCCCUCAUCAAAGAAAAGCAAGAAAAAGAAAUCCAAAGAUAACGAUGACAAAAUGACAGAUGAUAAAGAGAACGCUGUUGCCAAUGGAGAUGAUGCCGAACCCAAAUCUGGAAAGAAGAAAAAGAAACGAGCACUUGAAAUGGAAUCGGGCCUCACUGAAAAUGGUAAAGAAAAUGGAUCGAGUGCAGAAAAUGGAACAGAAAAAAAGAAGAAGAAGAAGAGCAAAAAUGUUGAAACGGAUGUGGCUGCUGUUAGUGAAGGAAAGAAGAAAAAGAAGAAAAAGUCAGCAGAUUGAAGAAGAUAAUAAGGUUCUGUAGUUGUAUAACCGUCUUGCUAACAUGUUUCAUCGUGCCACCAAUUAUUGAAAUAUUAUUAUUACAGAUCCCAUGCUUUAGAUGUGCUGUUGACUUUGACGAGUCAACUUCAUUUGAGA